CAGAGAGUCGCGCGCGUUAAUAAAACAGGAAACCGAGAUGAGUGUGAUACUUAUAGAUUUGUAAUCACGUAAUGUUAAAUAAUAUACAAUUUAUCCAAGUUUUGAACGGUCAAUAAGGAGCAACACAGGUGUUGAUGAUGGUGGAGAAUUCUCCGUCUCCUUUGCCUGAAAGAGCGAUCUACGGCUUUGUGCUGUUUCUGGGAUCUCAGUUCGCUUUCUUGCUGUAUUUAGUGUGGGCUUUUGUCCCGGAGAAUUGGCUGCAUUCAGUUGGACUUACCUACUGGCCGCAGAAAUACUGGGCUCUGGCUGCUCCCAUAUACCUGUUGGUCACUAUAACCACAUGUUUUGUGCUGCUGUUUGGUGUAAAUCUGAUGAACGUGGCUCCACUCGCUUCAGUAGACAACUUCACAGGUGAACAAAUCACAUUCACAUCCAUUAAUAUUGCAGUCGAUCAACUUCACAGGUGAACAAAUCACAUUCACAUCCAUUAAUAUUGCAGUCGAUCAACAUCACAGGUGAACACAUCACAUUCACAUCCAUUAAUAUUGCAGUCGAUCAACAUCACAGGUGAACACAUCACAUUCACAUCCAUUAAUAUUGCAGUCGAUCAACAUCACAGGUGAACACAUCACAUUCACAUCCAUUAAUAUUGCAGUCGAUCAACAUCACAGGUGAACAAAUCACAUUCACAUCCAUUAAUAUUGCAGUCGAUCAACUUCACAGGUGAACAAAUCACAUUCACAUCCAUUAAUAUUGUUGAUCAACAUCACAGGUGAACACAUCACAUUCACAUCCAUUAAUAUCACUAUUGGUUGUUCUUUGUUUUUGGCACCAAUCAUGUCACGGUCCAAAUAUUUUUCCCCAUUCUAUUGGUUGAUGUGAACAUUAACUGAAGCUCCUGACCCGUAUCUGCAUGAUUUUAUGCACUGCACUGCUGCCACAUGAUUGGCUGAUUAUAUAAUCACAUGGAUGAUUGUUGGUGCCAGACAGGCUGUUUUGAGUAUUUCUGGGAUUUUCACACACUACAGUCUCUAGAAUUUACGCCGAAUGGUGCCAAAAACAAAAAACAUCCAGUGAGUGGCAGUUCUGCAGUGUACAAUUGUGCUAAGGAGAACAUCAUCUCUGAAUGCUGUUCUGAGAUGUGGGUUGUCGCUGUUUUGUGGGCACGAGGGGGACCUACUCAAUAUAUAUUUAUUUAAUUGGACAAAAAUGUUUUCUUUUAUUAGUUUUGGCUCAUUUAUUUUUUCUUGUAGAUCACUUCGCCAAGAGUCAGCGAUUAGAAGAGUGUCAGGACGGAGCGAUUCCCAGACUGCGAGAUUUCACCAUCAGUGAAAUAAACCUUCUGUUUUACCUCAAUCAACACGAUGAGAACACACACUCAAGAUGACACCGUUGAAGUUUUACUGUGUCUAAUGCCCUUCAUAGGGAGUGUCUCACAUUUGCAGACAUUUGGCGUUUGUUCAGAGUUGAGAUAAUCAGAUCCAUCAACCGCUGUGACAGGCCUGAGAUUUGACUCUCUGAUGAACUCUAGUGUGUGUGUGUGUCACGAGUGCUCACAGCAUGCACUGACUGAACGACCCCUGACACUGAUGCACACCACUGAGACAGAGGAGUCUGGGUUCUGGACAUUGUUGUGUUUUUGAAACAAACAAAAAAUUAAAGCUGAAAAACAUCAUUGAGUUUUAGUGUCUUAUUCUCAAACACCUCAUGAAACGGAGUCCUAUUUUUGGGGGUCAGACUGUGACCUCUGUGACCUCCGUCUAGAAGUGAAACGGUCAUCUGUUUUAUCUGCUUUUCUCUCAGACUUCACAGCUGCUCUUCAAUCAGUCUGCACAGCCCACCUGCCCAUGCUUGUGUCUGUACCUGUGGACAGGUGAGAGGUGGCGAUCACUGCCUCCAGAUAACCCUCACGAGUAAACAUGCUGGUGUCGGGUGGCCAGUUACCAUUUAACCUGUGACGCCUCUCGCCUUGCCCUGUGUGUCUGUGUAUGCAGACCGGACCGUUCAGGGAUUUUGGAACAAACGACUCUAUUGGUGACAGAAGUUUGAGUUUUUCUUUGAGCAUGUUGUUGUAAUGCUUCACUUC